UACACUUCUCUUUUCCUAGCUUUCUUCUCUUGCUUCGCUUGGCUCUACGUUGCUGGCCGGUUAUGGCAAGACGCAGAGAACAGAACAGUACUUUCUAAUCUUCUACAGAGAAAUGCAGCUCAGGGACCGAAGUUGCUUACAGUUGAAGAUAAGCUAGCUGUGCUAGGAUGCAAGGAUCUGGAGAGGAGGGUAGUGGAGGCAGAAAUGGAAUUGACGUUGGCUAAGAGUCAAGGGUACUUAAAAAGUUGGCUGUCACUAAAUGAGUCUUCGUCGGGUAAAAAGUUUCUUGCAGUCAUUGGUGUAUAUACUGGAUUUGGUAGUCACUUGAAGCGGAAGGUGUUUAGAGGGUUUUGGAUGCCAAGAGGUGAUGCCUUAAAAAAACUUGAGGAAAGAGGAGUAGUAAUCCGUUUUGUGAUUGGACGCAGUGCUAAUCGAGGGGAUAGCUUAGAUCGAAAUAUCAAUGGUGAAAAUCGUUCAACAAAGGAUUUCUUGAUUCUUGAAGGUCAUGAGGAGGCUCAAGAAGAAUUGCCCAAGAAAGUGAAGUCCUUCUUUAGCACUGCUGUGCAAACAUGGGAUGCGGAAUUUUAUGUAAAAGCUGAUAACAAUAUUAAUCUUGAUCUUGAGGGAUUAAUUGAACUUCUUGAACAUCGUCGCAGUCAAGCUAGUGCAUACAUUGGCUGUAUGAAAUCUGGAGAAGUUGUAACUGAAGAGGGAAGCCCAUGGUAUGAACCUGAAUGGUGGAAAUUUGGAGAUGAAAAAUCGUACUUCCGGCAUGCAGCUGGUUCACUUCUUAUACUCUCCAAAAAAUUGGCUCGGUAUAUUGACAUAAACAGCGCAUCUCUAAAGACUUAUGCUCAUGACGAUACAUCAGUGGGAUCCUGGAUGAUGGGUCUCCAAGCAACCUAUAUAGAUGACAAUCGUCUUUGCUGCAGUAGCAUUAAACAAGACAAGGUUUGUUCCCUGGCUUGAUCAGAGAGUGAGAGGCUUCCAUACAGGUUAAACUUGCUUUUACAGUUGUUUAUCGGCACAUUCAGCGACAUAUGCUACUAUAUUUCACACUUCAUGCUGAGCUCUCACGUUCACCAAGACCUAUGUAGCAUUCACCGUAUAAUUCUUUUUAGGUGCAGAGGUUAGCCAUUCUUUUAGGAUUAACAAGCAAAGUGCAUAUUAGCGCCGCAGUUUGCGAACGCAUCAUUUUAUUGAUUGCAAAUAGUUUUAAUCAAAAUAUUUAGAUGAUGCCACAUACAUCAUAUAUAUUUUUUGAAAAUAAGAUAGUAGAAUGCAUA